CCGUAUGACGUAACGCUAUAAAAGAGUGCGCGGUCUUGAGGCCGCCGCUAUACUGUUUCCGCACGGCCGGCCAUCGCGUCCUCACACACGGGACCAAGGACGCGGGCGGAACUCCCGCUCAGGACUCAGUGACCACUAGUUCAACACAAGAUACGAGAUGAGAUCGUUAUUUCUAUUAGCGGCGGUGUGCUGCCUAGUGUUGUCGGCGUAUGCCAGCCCUGUCUCCAGGGUGGAGGCUGAGGACACGAAGGAGGAGGCAGUGGCGCGCCAGGCGGCCCCGGCGCCCGCGGCGUCUGACGAUGAUGAUGACGACGACGACGACGAUGAUGACGAUGAUGAUGAUGACGAUGUCGGCGAUAUAGUUGCAGGCGAUGACGAUGACGAUGAUGAUGACGAUGAGGAAGCGGACUCGGAGGGCGGCGACUACGACUACGACCUCGAGAGGCUGCUCGAGGGUCUCGGCCUCGUCGACGAGGACGAUGACGACGAUGAUGACGACUCCCCGGCAGCCGCGCAGCCCGUGGUGGCCGCCGCUGACACAGUAGCCGCCGCGCCCGCACCCGCGCCCGCCGCCGCCGCCGCCGCCGCCGCCUCGUCCGCCGAGGAGGGCGCCGCCGCCGCCGAGGGCGAGGUGGAGGCCGACGCCGAGGUCGCGGAGGGCGAGGAGCCGGAGACCGUGCAGAAAGACCCCGCCAGCGCCGAGGCCGAGGCCGCGCCCGCCGUCAGCUCCGACGCCGCGCCCGCCGCCGAUGACUCUGACGCGGAUGAUGAUGACGAUGACGACGACGAGGACGUAGACAUCGGAGUCGACGACGACGACGACGACGAUGAUGAUGACGAUGACGACGAUGACGAGGAUGACGACGAUGACGAUGACGACGAACUGCUCGGAAGGAAACACUUGGAAAAGCAAAAACGCGCGCUCGAAGAGACGACAACGAAGAAGCCGGCCGUCCCCACGAUCUACAUCGCCAAGUACAACAAGUUCGUGGACAACAUCCUCGAGAAGAUGAACGACAUCCUGCGCAAGUCGUAUGACCCCGUGAGUGUGAAGCUGCAGCCUAUUGAUGCGACUAAGAAGCGGUCGAAGCCGAAGAAGAACAAGAAUAAGAACAACAAGAAGAAGGCCGCCAACAAGAAGAAGGAAGCAGCACGCGCCGAGCUCGAAGCCAAAAACAAGGACAAAAUCCCAACAGAAGCCGAAAAAGCUGAGAAACUCGAACAAGCAACCACCGAACCAGGCAACAACAAAGUCAGAGAUCAACUAACAACCCCCGAAGUAGCAUCAGAGGCUAGAGCCACUAAGCAGAAACCUGAGACUAUUAAACCCAAACCUUCUAAGGCUAAGCCUACUAAGGCCCCGGCUAAGAGCACUACUAAGGCUCCUACUAAAACGAAGGCACCGGCUAAAUCUACUAAGAAACCUGUUGCUACUAACAACAAAGUGAAAGCUGGUUCAGAGAAGAGUAAGCCGAGGGCUAAAGGAACUCUAUACGGAUUGUCUUCGUUAAGGAGAACCGGUGACGUGGCCGUCAACAUUCUCUCCGACCACACAACUGUCAAGAGCCAUUUUGCUGUUGGACCUCUCAUUCUUAGAGUCGAGAAGGAGGUUGGUCGCGAUGGCAAGAAAGAGGUGAAAUCCGCGACGGCCACCACUGCGGAAAUGAUGGGAAAGCUGACACUCAGAGUCAACGACCAGGGCAUAGCUACUUUACAUUCCAUCAAAGUUUUGCAGCCCAAACAGGUCCGAGUCGACAGCAACCACGAGCGCACCCGGGAGCUGGCGUGGCAGCGGAGCGCGCGCAUCGCUCACCUAGUGUCGGAGAAGCUGAAGGCUGCCUCCAAACCCAUGUUCAGCCAUCCCGCACUAGCCUAAAGACCGACCAGGAAUGAGGAAUAGUGUAGCAGAUUCUGAAGCAAUACAUAGCUAUAUAGGUUGAUAAUGUUGAGUCCUCAAUUCGGAAAUAGGGCUGUUUAGGCAGCAUCCCAUUGUUGAAGCUUUUAAAAGGUUAGAAAUUAGGUUUGAAAACUUUGAUCAGCCCCAGUAUAUUUAGUAUCAUGUUCAUGAUAUAGAUUAAAUAAUUACAUAUUUUAUCUUGUGGGAUUAUAGGUAAAUUCAUCAAAGAAGACAAACUCGUGUAAAUGAUGCAUAAUGAUUACUUUUCUUAUAAUAUUCAGUAGGUAGUUGUUAAGGUUUUAAGCAGAGUUUUAGAUAACGAAUAAUAUUCUAAUGUUUUUAUUUAUUGAAAUUCAGACUGAUUUUGAACAUUCUAAUUUUAUUGUUAGGUUGUUAUUGUAAUAUUCAGAUCUACAUACUUAUUUUAAUGUCAUACAUGGUUACGAUACGAGUAUAUUUAAAGGGUUUUGAUAAUAUUAUGAUACUCAUAAUUUAUCUAGUGUCACGGUGCAUUUGUUACAAUGUACAUAAAUAAUGGUGCUAAGUAGGUGUAUGAGAGAGUAUUGCAUUUAUUAGUAUAGGUUCUUAAAUUAUUUACAUUUUAAAAUAUAAACUUUUUAAAUAUA